CAUAUACUUCAAAGUUAAUCUUCGCAUAAGCACCUCUACCCCUCUCAUUUCUGUCAUUUUUAUUUGCAUUCCCUUACUAGCCUUUCUCACUUCUCUCUCUCUCUCUGCCAUGGAUAUUUCUUUGCUGUUCACAGUUCUCUUCGCAAUCUUGAUCUUCCCGAUGCUCUUCAAUCCGAGGGCAACUGCCAUUGAAGAACUUGAGUAUUCAGUGGUAGAGGGAGAGAAAAUGGAUUUCAGCGAGUUGAGAAAAGCAGUGGAAGAGGUCGAAGUUGUGGAUGGUCACUCCCACAACAUAGUUGCCUCUGAGUCCAACUCUGUCUAUGGUUUCAUCCAGGCCUUUACUGUGGGAGCAUUUGGUGAUGCUGAAGCCUUUGCUUUUGCACAACAAUCUCUAUCCUUCAAGAGGAGUUUAAGAGAUGUUGCUAAGCUAUAUGGAACCGAGAUAUCUUUGCAAAGUGUAGAAGAAUACCGUAGAGUUUCUGGAAUACAAUCCAUCAGCUCAACAUGCUUCAAAGCUGCAAGAAUAUCUGCCAUACUCAUGGAUGAUGGCAUGGAUAUGAUGGAUAAAGUGCAUGACAUAGAAUGGCAUAAGAGUUUUGUGCCUUUUGUUGGCAGAAUCUUAAGAACUGAACGGGUGGCCGAGCGAAUCCUUGAGCAAGGCUUGCAUAAUGGAUCUCCUUGGACAAUCGAUUCAUUUACUGAGGCAUAUAUCUCAAAGUUGAAAUCAGUUGUUAAUGAAAUCUAUGCAUUGAAAAGCAUAGCUGCAUACUAUGGUGGCCUCGAAAUCAAUUUAAACGUGGCUAAAACAGAUGCUGAGGAGGAUCUGAGACAGUUGUUAAAUGCUGGGAAGCCCUUCUUUCUACUAAAUUCCAAAAAUCUUGUAAGCUACAUCUUCUUGCAAAGUCUGGAAAUUGCUCUAUCAUAUGACUUGCCAAUGCAGAUACACACAGGCUUUGGGGAUAGAUUUUUGGAUUUGAGGAAGUCUAAUCCUCUUCAUUUGCGUGCAAUUCUUGAGGACAAGAGAUAUGCAAAGUGUCGAUUUGUUCUUUUACAUGCAUCCUAUCCAUUCUCAAAGGAAGCAUCGUAUCUAGCUUCUGUUUACUCUCAGGUUUACCUUGAUUUUGGCUUGGCAAUUCCAAAGCUUAGUGUUCAUGGGAUGAUUUCUUCGGUUAAAGAUCUAAUAAAUCUGGCUCCAUUAACUAAGGUGAUGUUCAGCGCGGAUGCUUAUACAUUUCCUGAAACCUUCUACUUAGGUGCAAAGAAUUCUCGUGAAGUUAUUUUCUCAGUUCUACGUGAUGCAUGCAUUGACGGUGAUCUCUCAAUUCCUGAGGCCGUGGAAGCUGCAAAAGACAUAUUUGCACGAAAUGCAAUCCGCUUCUAUAACAUUAGUUCGGCCAAAAGUGCCCCUUAAUCAAGGAAGCACAAACACUUCAAUAAAGUAAUCAUUUUUGUUGCGUAAUUGAAUGUGUAUUCAUGCUGAAUACUUUGAAGUUUGAAUAUUAUUACUUCUAGCGGCAUUAUAAUAUAAUAAUUAAACAAUUUGUGUUA